GAGACCCAAAUCAACGAAACCAUGUCUUGUGACUAACAGCAGAGGAAGCAAGAAUUGAAUGCUUCAGAGGCUCCAAUCACAUUUCUAUGGGAUCGUUCUUCUCUUCCCUCCUUUUUCUCCUUUUCCUUUUCUUUUUCUUCUUCUCUUCUUCACUCUCCAAUCCCCAGAAUGACCCUCUCACACUCAAAGGUGUGGAUGUUGAAAAGCCGGUUUUGGAGUUUUCGCCUUCCGUGCUUUUGGGUUCUCGAGGUUCUAAAGAUGCUUUGCGAUGCGAGCGUGUUCGAGUUUCCGGCAUCUCCAGAGUGAAACUUGGGAGCUUUGCUAAUUCUUUGCAUGUUACUUUGGCUCCCUCCGCAUCGAUCCCGGAAAAGUUGCAUGGCAAAAUUCAGGUUUGUUUUCACAGGAAUAAUACGCUUGGGUGGUGUCAAUGUGAGAAAGAUGAGUGGAGGAGUGUACAGAAAGGGGUCUGGAAUGCUGUUAUGUCACCUUUUGAAACUAGAUAUGUUGAUGUGAAGAUCAAUGGAGAAAUAUUGGAAUCGGUUACGGUUGCUCUUGAAGAAGAUUUUCAGCAAUGGCGCCUGGUUUGUCUUGCAGUGGGAUUGAUACUGCUGUUGUUGGCUCCAAUUGUUAGCAGUUGGGUUCCGUUUUAUUAUAGCACUUCGAUGGCUAUAGGGAUCUUUCUUGUCAUUAUUAUCCUUCUUUUUCAGGGCAUGAAAUUAAUGCCGACUGGAAGGAAAAAUAUCUUUUACCUUACCAUCUAUGGAUCAGUGGUUGGAGCUGGAUCAUUCCUUUUGCACCAAUUCUCUUUGAUCUUAAAUUCUAUUUUUCAGAGUCUUGGAAUGAGUGAAGAGAUGUACAAUCCAGUUGCUAUUUUUGUAAUCCUGGGCAUCAUCUUAGCUGGAGCUGGUUUAGGCUACUGGAUUGUUAGGAGGUUUGUAAUUUCAAAAGAAGAUGGUGGUGUGGAUGCUGGGGUUGCUCAGUUUGUGAAAUGGGCAAUGCGCAUUAUUGGAUCCACUUUUAUUUUACAGAGCUCUCUUGAUCCUCUUCUAGCUAUUGGAGCUUUGCUCUCUUGCGGAAUUAUUUGCAAACUUUUUUCUGCCACAAAAUGGCUUCAUGCAUGGUAUGAAACUUCAGGAUAUGAUGACUAUUCCCUGCAAUGGGUGAAUGGAAGACGAGGUCGUGCAGAAUUCCUUAGCAAGUCAACCCCUAAAAGAAAAAUGUGGGGUAGCCCUAGAAGUUUGGCACGGACUGACUCUCCCAUGAGAGGCGUUGUAACACCAUCUUCUGGGAUUUCAUCACAAUCUCCGGGGACUCAUAUGGGGAAGGAUUAUUAUUCAACCUUUCACAAGACCCGGAACAGAAAGAAGUUCACAAAGGAAGAGUGGGAUGAGUUCACAAGAAAAUCCACUAAGCAGGCUCUAGCAGGAUGGGCUGCUUCUCCCGAAGUCGUCGAUUGGAUGGUUAAACAUGCAGACCGGAUCAAAGUCCUUCCAAGUGAGAGCUCAGACGAGGAAAUGGGAAGUGAAUCGGAUUCAACGGAUGUAGGAAGUGGAAGUGGAUUUCCGUUUUAUAAUUAGAAGUGACUGGAGAAUGGAUUAUAAUGUACUAACCAGCAGAAACAGUGAGUUAGGGAGCAAUGACAAUAGUGAUCUAGGUAGGAAUUUAGGAUCCUUUGCUGACCAGCGCAACACCGUAGAUAGUUUUAUUAGUUUGCCUGGAUUUUUCAAACUGCAAAGCCUGGGCAAUCUUUCCCUUUUAUUGUUUUCAGAAUAUAUAUACAUAUAUAUUCUUAGUUCGUUGUAACGUGCUUUUUAUUCUAAGUUUGUAGUAGUGUGCAAUGCCUGUUUCACUUUUUCUUUAUUA